CGCGUCAGACUCGUGCCCCUCAGGCUGGUAACAGGUAUAUAUAGUGUGUUAGGAAUAAAAGCAGCAGCAGUGAUGCUCUAGUUCCUGUGGAUGAAAACAUGGCUGCGGAUGUGGACACGGUCGCACGUGCGCUCGAACUCUUGGUGAAUUUAGGUCAAGUUCUUCUCCAGGAAGCCAAACAUGACGCAGCAGCCUCCCUGGAGACGUUUGUCCCCAGAAAGAUCAGCACGUUAUUCGGCCUGAUCACCGCUGGAUUAGACUUCUACAGAAGCCUCGGAGUGAAGAAGAGGAGUGAGGCCGAGGCCGUUUGGCAGAAGUUUUAUCACCAUGCAGAAGUGAGGGAGCAGGUGGAGGAGCUGCUGCAGCUGGAGAGUGAGUGGGACUCCUUCCUGCAGGGCGUGGACAGAGAUCUGCACACCACAGACCGGCAGCUCUCAGGAGUGAAGAGCCCCGACAGUCUGAGUCCCGACAUGACGCUCACUGACGCCCGGAGUGGAAAGAGCGUAACUCUGGGCGAGUACCAUGGUCAGAAGCUGCUGCUGGUUCUGAUCCGACAUUUCGGAUGACUGCCGUGACGAGACCACGUGGCUGAGCUGGAGGCCCGAGAGGCGGACCUGGAGGCUCGCUCACUACGGGUCCUGGUGGUUUCCUUCGGUGUCGCGGAGGGAGCUCAGCUGUGGCUCCAACAGACCGGAUGUAACUUUGACAUGAUGCUGGAUCCAGAGAGAGAGGUCUACAGGAUCUUCGGCCUCGGCUCGUCCUACGCCAAGGUGAUGAAGUUCGGCUACCUGCUGCAGGUCUCAGAGUACAGAGCUGUGGACAUGGACAUGCCCGACAUCCCCCCCCGCCUGCUGGAGGACCUCUACCAGAUGGGAGGAGACUUCUUACUGGAUGAAGCAGGACGCGUGCUUCUUUCUCACCCGUCCAAAACCCCCAUGGACAGGCCCACGGUGGAGGACAUCCUGCGGGGGGCGGACGGGGCCGAGUGCUCGGACGUCUCCGCGUUGGAACAUCAGUACGUGUCCUUAAAGCUGUGAGACCCGGGACACAGAGCCGGGGGGGGGGGGGGGGGGGGGGACACGUCACUGACACCACAGAGCGAGAGCAGCUCUUCGUCUCACGUGAAUGACGUCACGUCUCGCUCUCAUGACAUCAUGAAGAGGCGUGGCCGAUGAAAACCCGCGUGGGACAGAGACGUCUGAUCUCCUCUGUGGUGUCGGAGCUGUGAACAGUUUUAGAUUCAGUAGAACGACUUGAUUACAGUUGAACAUUGUCCCUGAUUCAUAUCUACAUUUUAUUGUGAUAGUUAUAAACGAUACUGAUGAAGCAAAUCUGAGUUUGACCUCCUUUGAACUAAUCAGAAAAUGAAUCUGUAAAACACAUCAACCUGUAGAAAAACGUAUUAAACAUUUACAUUCAGACGAUUA